CUGAUAGUUACACAUGAAAGAUAUACUGUAAUCAACAAUCAAUGGAAUACACCAUCAUGUGUGCGUGCUGAUACCACACCAAAUCGGGCCACGGGUUGCAUGCAUGUUUGUGCACACACAUGCAAAGUCUAAUGUCAGAGCCUCCUAAGUGCUGCAUCUGUCUGGAGGAGUUCAGCAACCCUGCUUCCCUACCAUGUGGACACUGCUUCUGCCUGGGCUGUAUAGGUGAAUACUGGAGGAUCCAAGGGUCCUGUCAGUGCCCCCUCUGCAAGGCCUUUUUCCCCACCAGGCCACAGCUCAAAACAGAACAAACACUACUUCCUGGUCGCCGGACUGAGGAGGCAGAUAUGCCUUUAAAAGCUGGUGAGGUUCUCUGUGAUUUCUGCCCGGGGAAGCAUAGAGCAGUCAAGUCCUGCCUGGAGUGCCUGGCCUCAUACUGCGACACUCAUCUGGAGCCACACUACCGGAGUGAAGAUCUUGGGCGCCAUCUUCUGAUCAGUGUGGUGAAGAACCUGGAGGACUCUGUGUGCAGACUGCAUGGGAAGCAGUUAAACAGAUUCUGUAGGAGUGAUCAAACGUGCAUCUGUGCCAUGUGCUCCCAGACAGAACACAGGGGCCACCAUAUUAUUUCUAUCAACAACGAAGCAACAAAGAAGAAGGUUAAACUAAAACGGAGAAGGAUGAAACUUCAGCAAGUGAUUCAAGAGAGACUGAGUAGAGUUGAGAAAAUCAAGCUCUCUUUAGACCUCAGUGGAGAAAAUCCAAAAGAUGCCUGGACACAAAAUAAAGAGCUCAUCAGACAACUGGAGGAAGAAAUCUCGGAGCUGCAGAGCAGAAACACGGAGCUGGAGCAGCUCUCACAGACUGAAGACGACCUCCACUUCCUACAGGUCUGCGUCAUAGCCGGAAGUCAAUGA